GUGACUGUCGAAUCGCCUGCUGGAGUGACCCCCGCUGCGUCGCCGCCUCUGCUGUCGAGGCCGAAGAUAACUCGACAUUGUGCCGACUGUCGACCAAGGGACCUUUCGACUCCACUUUGGUCGUGAAUCCCAACGCCACGUAUAUAUUCUGGAAUAAAGACGCUAUGAUAAUGGACGACGGCCUUGUGUACACGGAAGCCACACGGCGCGGGUACUUUGUGGAAGCGGAGGCCCUGUGCAGCGGCGUCCCCGGGCAUCGCGUGCCCGUUUUCAAGACCCGCUCGCAACAGGACGUCAUGGGUCAGCUGCUCAGACUCGAUUCCAGCCGCGCCUUCUGGGUGGAUCUUCGCAAGACCUCCCUGACCGACUACGUGUGGGGCGACGGUACCCCCUUCCAGGACACGGAGAUCAGCGCCUUCUUGCAGAUCAACAGAGGCUUUGCGACUGAGGCCGUCCACUCGUAUUUUUCGGCCCUUCUGGAGAAACCGAAGACUGGGUUCCUGGAGAGGGUGGUGUGCCAGGCGAAUCCAUUUGGGGUAGAGUGGCUUAUGUUCUGUAUAGCAGUGUGUUCUCCCGUCAAGUAA